UCAUCAUCCGGGCUACCGCGCUGUGUCCGCUACGUCACGAUUUAGGGUUAGAGGUCACAAUCCGAGUCGCCAGGCCAAGAGAUCGAGAGCACCCAGACUGGCUUGCUCCAGAUGGGAAUUAGUCACUACGUGGGACGGGCCAUGGUGCGCGUGGUGUCAUCUCGCUGGUACCAGCUGCUGUGCUUAGCCAUUGCGUCGCUCGCCGUCUUUGGAUUCUACUACUUGGCCGGCGGGCAAGAGAGCUUUUCCAGCGCGACCCGCAAGCUCAUGCUGCAAGCCAACCACGGAAAGGCCGGUGGCGACCCUGUCGGCAGCCACAGUGGGCGCCAAAGCGGCUUGCCUGUUGUUGGCGCUUCAAAGACGGAUGAGCCCGUGUUGAAACCCCAAAUGGAUGAGCAGUUUCAAAAUGGCAAAAGCCGUGGUGAGGAUAACGUUCGCGUGCCUUUGGUUGAGGAACCCACUGGUUUUAAAACAAGUAAGGCACAGCAGUUGGGUCCCACAGAGUACCACGUGUUGAUGAUGUUCACCAAGGUGAACCAGAAACAUGAUCUCCAAGAAAAAUUCAAGAUAUUUAUGAAAUCAUUGGUGAUGCACUCACACUUUGAAGAGAACGAAUUACUUCAUAUGCACCUGGUCUGUGACGAGCCGAGCAAAGCCCUCGGGCAGAAGCUUCUCGAUGCGUUCCUUGGGAAGGCUUCCUUUCAUUCCAAGGUGACUGUGCAUGGUGUGGGACAGCUGGCUGAACAGCUGCAUCCCAUUGUGGAGCCAAUGCAGAGCCACUUCAGUGCUGGCUCCGGAUCUUACUUCAAUGAUGCCAUCUUUUUUAUGUCUGUUGCCAUGCACCUCUUUAUGCCACGAGAGAUGGAGCGAAUCGUGCAGCUGGAUCUGGACUUGAAGCUCAGCAACAUUCGCCUCCUCUUCUCCGAGUUUGAUAAGUUUGGACCGGACGCUGUUAUCGGCAUCGCCUACGAGAUGCAGCCUGUGUACAGGCAUGCAUUUUGGCAGUACCGCAAGGACCACCCUGGCACACACGUUGGCGAGCCGCCCAUGGGCGGCUUACCGGGCUUCAACAGUGGCGUCCUGCUCCUGGAUUUAGUUCGUAUGCGGAACUCGGCCAAAUACACGGAAGCCUUGACGCCGUCUGCCGUCAAGGACUUGGCGACCCGUUUCUCGUUUCGUGGCCACCUCGGUGACCAGGACUUCUUCACGGUAUUAGGGGCCGCAGAACCUCAUCUGUUCCACGUGCUGCCAUGCGGCUGGAACCGACAGCUGUGCACAUGGUGGCGAGACCACGGAUAUGCCGAUGUGUUUGAUAGGUACUUUGCGUGCGACGAACCGGUACGAAUAUACCACGGAAACUGCAACACCCCAAUCCCAGAUGAAUAGAUUCCACUUCUGAAAUGACGGUAGGCAGAGACGCAAGUUUCCUCGACCUCAGCUGCACUACUCAACUGCACUUAGUGGUGGUGACAUGGCCUCAGCAGUAGCGUGUUCUCCGCUUGUUCCAUACGUUCAGUUCAAAUCCAGUAGCCUUCCUGAUUAAUACUAUAUUCGUUUUAAACGUAAACAUCCUCGACUUCUUCACAUUGGACGUUAAAGGUCAUAUAUGAUGUCGUGCGCAAGAGUUGGAAAAAAUGUUGCUGCCUUUACUCCAAAUUAGAAAACUUACCUGGAAACUACUAAUUUGGAAUAUAAAUAUAUAGCAGUCAUCACCCUCUACUUUGAAAACUUGCCAGGUUGCUCCUGAAAAGGAGUCCAUUGAUUGAGGUGUUCCUGUGUUUACCAGAUGAAUAAUAUACUACCAGAGAGAAUUGAGGUAUUCUUAAUGUAUAUAUAUAUUUUUCAUGCAAUAUUUGUGGACUCUGAAAUUCAUGAGGAAAUUCUCAAUGAAAUUGUAGCUCAAGUGCUACAUUUGUGCAUACUCAUCGAUGUCAUUGAAUGAAUCUCAUACACAUUUCUGUGUUCGUAUUUUUUUGUUUUAAUGUUGAAAAUGGGUUAUUAAUCAUGGUAACACCUAGGGUAGUCCAUUAGCCUGCUUCCAAGUAAUUGUACAAUGCACAAGCAGAACUGAGUCAUCUUCCAGUUGAAUGGAAUAUUUUAAUGUAUUGAAUUUCCUUAAUUUCCCGAAGUGGCAAAGCCCUGUACACAAUGCACCAAAUAUAUAUUUAGAUUGACCACAAUUUACAAAUGCAAACGUGUUUAACUAUCAUCAAUGGAAAGUAGUUGCAUUCUCUGGGUAUGGAUUUAUAAUGGCUUUACACAGCUCCUAAACUAGAUGAACAUAUCUUACCAAGGUUUUUGACAAAAUUAUUGAUUAAAAUACUGUGGUAAAAAGUAUUUAGUUUUUUUUUUAUAAUAAACAAACGCUCUUUUGUUUA